AUGGAACUGAUUGAGUUCUUAAUCAUAUGUCCACCGUCUCAAGAUCACAGCUUCAUCGAUGAAGUAGUGGAAACAGCCGCAGCUACUACCAUUACUCAUGUGAGUACUCUCCCGGAAGGAAGGUUAUAUAGAGUCUCUGCCACCGAAGUUUUUGGCCCUUCGUCUCCAUCUACCGACAAAGUCAUGCAACUUUAUGAAGGUUUCAGAACUUCAACUCGGUUUGAACACGAGAUUAGGUUGAUCGUGAAAGAACAAAGUCGAGAUUUGAAGUUGUGGGAAAUUGUACAUGGAGCAGAGAUGUUCAAGAAAGACAACGGUGACACAGUUGUCAAGAUUUCUGGUAGAAAAGUGGAGGUGGAUAAGUGGUUCAGGAGGCUUGUUUUUCUACUGAGAAGGGGUUUUUUCAUUGUUCCUGAUACUGAUGAUGUUACUGGUGAUGAUGAUUCUGAUGCUGAAGAAUGAAGAAUGAAGAUACCUGAUUUGAAUAGUAAUGGGUUAUGGGUAUUAAUAAUAGUAAAAGGUUAUGGGAGUAUGUUAGUAAGUGGUAAAAUCUAUGUCUUUACAGUGGGGAAAAAUAAAUAAGAAAUUGUUAUUGGAUUCAUAUGUGAAAUCCAGAAACUUUUAUUUUCAAGUUACUGCUUGUAUGAAACGUUUCUAUAUGAUAUAUAUUUUAUUUGGUAGCAGUA